AUGUUCGAUUCAGUGCACAACCUCAUUAGCGCUGUACUGGCUGUCGUGGUCAUACUCUCUAGUAUAAGCGCCUACCGACACCGUAGACGCAAUCCCCAUGCUCUGCCUUAUCCACCAGGACCUAGUCCUCAUUUCCUCGUCGGAAAUUUCUUUGAUAUUCCCAAGAAGAGGCCAUACAUCGAAUACGCGAAAUGGUCCAAGCGAUAUAACAGCGACAUCGUGUCGUUUCACGUUCCAGGGUUUCACACCGUCAUCGUCAACUCUGCGAAAGUCGCGAAAGACCUCUUCGAGAAACGGUCUGCUAUCUACUCCGAUCGGCCGAGUAUGGAGAUGACGAAUCUGAUGGGGUUCGAAUUUUCCACAGGCUUAAUGCCGUAUUCGGAUUCCUGGAGAGCCCACCGCCGUAUGAUCCACCAGAUGUUUCGACCGGAUGCAUUACCGUCAUACGAACCCUUGCAGAGGGAUACGGUGAAGAGUUUGCUGCAACGUAUCCUACAAAACCCGAACGACGUCGUCAAUGAAGUGAAACAUUACGCCGGCUAUUUUCCGAUAAAGCUUGCUUAUGGCCGUGAUAGCGUUGACCCCAUGGGUGACCGAUAUAUUCGAGUCGCAGAGGAGGCGAUGGAGAUGGUAGGAGACAUGUUGUUUCCCGGGGCGAUACUGCUAAAUGCAUUUCCCACCCUGAAACAUCUACCGAAGUGGCUCCCCGGAAUUUACGGCUUCAAGACGUUCGCGGAGAAGUGCCACCUGUUGACGGACGAGAUAAAGAACAGUCUUUUCGAUGCUGUGAAGCUUGACAUUGCGACACCAUCGUCAUUGACGACGGAUUACCUCCAUAAAUUGGAUAUCGAGGAACGGAAGGCUCAAUGGGAUGAGAAGACCGUCAAAGAAGUCAUGGCUAACAUUCAUCUCGGCGCCGCAGACACCUCCAUGGCCGCCAUGCAAGGAGCCAUCCUCGCUCUCCUCCUCAACCCCGCCGCCCAAACCCGCGCCCAAGCCGAACUCGACAAAGUCAUCGGCAGAGACCGUCUGCCCGAUUUCUCAGACCGACCACACCUGCCGUUCGUGAAUGCGAUCUGCAGGGAGGUCUUGAGGUUGAAUCCGGUUUUACCGCUCGCGCUUGCGCAUGCUGCGCUGAGAGACGAUGUGUAUGGGGGGUGGUUUAUACCGAAAGGUUCGUUCUCCCAAACUGUGUACAGGGCUAUAUUACACGACCCAGAAGUCUAUCCCGAGCCUGAAAGGUUUCGUCCCGAACGUUUCAUCACGCCAGAAGGAACACUCUCCGACGACGAUAUCAUAUCUGUCUUUGGGUUCGGACGACGAAUCUGCCCAGGGCGUCACUUCGCCGCCGACGCGCUCUUCCUCGUCGUAGCUUCCAUCCUCUCAACAUUCGACCUCAUCAAAGCGAAAGACGAAGACGGGAACGAAAUAGAGGUCGGUGGGGAGUAUGUCGAUGCGGGGAUCUGGUACGUUCACCAUCCGGUGCCGUUCGUCUGCGUUGCACGGCCUAGGGACGAGAGGGCGGAGACGCUGUUGAGAGCUACGGGAUGA